CCCGUUCCCGACAGCCCUGCCUCCGGUGUUUUCGGGGGUCGGGGCGGCGCGGAUGCUCCCUGGACUUUCUAAGAGAGCCCUCGCCCUUCGCACGGGCCGCAAUUCUUUUUCUUCUAUUGGAGUUGGGCUUGCGGGACUUGAUGUUGAAAGUGGGAACUUGAAAACACCACAGAGGAAUGCAGUGGGACCUCUUAGCCACCAAGCCGAUUUUUGGAUCUGGGUCGGAGCCUGGGUAAUCUCUCUCUCCACCCUGCCUCCGGCGCCCAGGUCUUUGCUUUGUGGAGACAGGAUGGACAGAUUCCUGGUGAAGGGGGCUUUAGGGCACCCUGUGGGAAAGAGGAAGCGAGAAGCGAGCGGAGAAGGCCCAGCAGGCCAACAAGGAGACCAGGAGAGUGGCAGGAAACGGCCGAGGGCAGAGAUGUCGAGGAGCACAGACCACCUGGCCGUCCCCAGCUGGCAGCACAUCCGAGCUGAGGGUCUGAACUGUGAUUACACAGUCCUGUUUGGCAAAGCCGAAGCAGACAAAAUUUUCCAGGAGCUGGAGCGGGAAGUAGAGUAUUUUACAGGUGCGCUGGCCAGGGUCCAGGUGUUUGGGAAGUGGCACCCUGUGCCCAGGAAGCAGGCGACGUAUGGCAGCACUGGGCUGACCUACACGUUUUCGGGCCUUACUCUGUCUCCAAAGCCCUGGAUCCCAGUCCUAGAGCGCGUCCGGGAUCGUGUUUCUGCGGUGACUGGAGAGACCUUCAACUUUGUGCUCGUCAACAGGUACAAGGAUGGCUGUGACCACAUCGGUGAGCACAGAGAUGAUGAAAGGGAACUGGCUCCCGGGAGUCCCAUAGCCUCGGUCUCCUUUGGGGCCUGCAGAGACUUCCUCUUCCGGCAUAAGGAUUCUCGGGGGAGGCAGCCCUCCCGGAAGGUGGAGGUGGUCAGGCUUCAGCUGGCCCACGGAAGUCUGCUUAUGAUGAACCACCCGACCAACACUCACUGGUAUCACAGUCUCCCUGUCCGAAAGAAGAUUCUAGCUCCACGGGUCAAUCUGACAUUUCGCAAAAUCCUGCUUACUAAAAAGUAAAAACUUGGUCAAUAAUUCA